AUGAGUGCUUCCAGGAAGGGUAGUGGCGUGCGUCCCAAGUCUCGGGAGUCACGGUGGGAGCGACUGAGGCGGAAAAAUGACGUUUCACUGCUCAAUAUCAAGACGGAGACCGUUAAGAAAUUCCUCAAUGUCUUCACGGAUGAGUAUCUCGCGGAUUUGGUGAGGAAGGACGAGGAGAAGUCCUUCCUAGACCCUGUGGUGGUGAUGGAGAUGAGACAUGAGGCGGUGAAGAAAGCCAGGAAGGAGACGGAAUCCUCACCGAAGAUUCGGGAAUUUCGCGAGGAGCAGCAAGAGAAAAUCACCAGUCACAAUAAAACCAUCGAAAUCAAUAUGAUUGAGAAUGAAUUGUCUAAAUUCCGACAGGAAAUGACCAAGAAACACCCUCCGAAGGUGAAGAAAGUGAAGAUUCCGGAGAAUCCUUACUGUCUCCUGGACAAUGGGGAGAUUUUCACCAGUCUGUCAACCACAGAGGAGAAAACCAAUGAUUUCUACAGGAAAAUGAUCGAGGCGCCAAUUGAGAGUGCGAAAAUCUUCGAUGUGGUCAAAGUUGAGCAGAAAAUUCCCUCCGUUCAGUUCGAGGACAGCGUGGAAAUCAUCACGUAUCCGCAAGAAGUGGCAGAGGUGAGGGAUGAGGCUGUGGAGAGUCCUCUGGAUGAGGAGACUUACUUCGGUCUCCGUGAGGAGCGUCAGAUGAUUUCCUACUGUGAGGAAACCACGACGACCGUCAAGUCCUUCUUCACAUUCCACGGCAUCACAUCGUCGCCGAGUCAGGAGAGCGAGAGUGGAAGCUCCACAGCGCACGGCAGCACAGAGAGUUCCACGAUAUUCAACCAGGAAGAUGAGUUGGAAGCCAGUUUCCUGGAGCAAGCCAUCAAAGCGGCAUCUCAGGAGUCAGAGAGUGAGAAGAAUCCCAAUGAGGAACUCAUGAUUCGACAAUUGCUGCCAGGAAAGCGAUCUGAGACGGAAGCAGACGAGCCAAAAGUUGAAGGAAGAGGGGAAAUUUCACCGGAAAAGAUCAAAAUCAUCAGUGAAUUGUUCCGGGAACACUCAGAAGCGUACAAUGACUUCAAGGAGAUCCUCUUGCGGAAGUACUUCCUCAAGUGGCUUCACUACACAACCGUUGAGAAGGUCAGCAAGUGCAAGAGCAUCUCGUCGACUGACAGAAUUGGCAAAAUCGACGCUUAUCUGAGCAAGAUCAGGGAAGAGAAGCGUCGAGUGAGGAAGAAGGAGGAAAAUGCUGAAGCUGAAGGGGAGAAGAAGUCCGUUCCCAAGGAGGAAUCCAUCAUCCUGACCAAGAAAUACCGCAGCAAACUCAAGAUUCAGCAGGACAUCAUUGAGUACCAGAAGCUGAAGCUGGAGCGUCAGGAGAGGAUGAUUGCCGAGCUGAGGCUGUCGAAGCUGUCCGAGGAGGCGCGCAGCUUCAAGCAGGAGCUGAAGAAUGAGUUGAAGCAAGUCGCCAAGACGGGAGACAUUCGCGUGCGCGCCAAAGCCAAGUGUCUGCAGAUUGUCAGCAAUCUGCGCGACGAGGAGGAUGAGAACAAGCUGGCUGCCUAUGGCAGUGUCAUUCCGCCGUUCCUCGCCCAGAUGCAGGAGCGCGCGCUGGAGCGCACAAUGCGUCAUGAGCGUGCCAAGGAGCGCCGGCGGCAGCUGGAGCGCGACCGCGAGGAGCAGAAGAAUGCCCAAGAAGAGGAGAAACGGCGUGAAGAUGAGGAGGCCAAGAGGGUGCGCAUGCAGGAGCUGAAGGAGAAGCGCCGCCGGGAGAAGCAGGAGAAGCUGCGUCGCGAGCAGGAGCGCCAAGUGUGGCUGCAGAACUGCAAGCGUGCCAAUGAGUUCUACUGCCGACACUUGCUCCACUUCGGCCUGACGGCGUUCCGACGGAUGUUGCAGCGCAAGAGACGCUUCGAGGCGAAAGCCAGUCACUUCCGGCGCGUGCUGCGCAUGCGCAUCUGCUUCAGACGCUGGCGAGGACACACAAAGUCCAUCUGGGACGCGAAGCAUCGCAAAUCCGAGGCAUUUCACGGGACUUUCGUCUUGCGACAGGCUGUGCGACUGUGGAAGGCGAGUCACUUGAUGGAGAAGGGAAAGCUGUUGGUGGCUGUGGAUUGGUACGAGAUGCGCCUGAAUGAGAGAUUCUUCGGUUUGUGGGUGGCGCGCACGCGCCAGGAGAAGAUCGUGCUGGAGACGAAGAUGAGACACGCCGAGGCGCACUACAAUUGGCACCUCAAGUGGCGCUCCAUCGAGCACUGGCAGCGUCUGCACGCGAUCCUGCGCCUGGAGAAGGAGACCGAGGCCCGGCGGCAGCGCUGGCGCCACAAGAUCUGGGAAUUGCUGCCCGAUUAUGCGCCAACAUUGGACGGUUGA